UCGGAAGCCGGGCUGUUGGGCCGCGCAGCCCCGGGGCGACCGCGUCCGCUUUCAUGGCGGGCAUGGCAACAGGAGUCACCUAGCUGGGGUGGCGAACUCAGGAGUGGGGCCGGGGAGACCCUACCAGGCUUCUCUGGCCGGAUUCUUGCGUGACUGCAUCAAGCCCAUGAAAGUGGAUAAGAGGCCAGGAAGCGGCAUGGCCAAGAUCCACAUCGAGGAUGAUGGGAGUUACUUCCAAGUCAGUCAGGACGGAGGGACUAGGAGGCUAGAGAAGGCCAAGAUCUCGUUGGAUGACUGCCUGGCGUGUAGUGGCUGUGUCACCUCGGCAGAGACCGUGCUCAUCACUCAGCAGAGCCACGAGGAGCUGCAGAAGGUUCUAGGUGCUAAUGAGAUAGCGGCACCUGGUCAGCAGAGGCUGGUUGUCAUCUCGGUCUCACCCCAGUCCAGAGCAUCACUGGCUGCGAGAUUUCAGCUAAAUCCUACAGACACUGCCAGGAAAUUAACUGCAUUCUUUAAAAAAAUAGGGGCACACUAUGUGUUUGAUACCGCCUUCUCACGGAACUUCAGUCUCCUUGAGAGCCAGCGAGAGUUUGUGCAGCGAUUCCGAGAACAGGCGGACUCCAGGCAGGCCUUGCCUGUGCUGACUUCCGCCUGCCCAGGCUGGAUCUGCUACGCCGAGAAGACCCAUGGGAGCUUCCUCCUCCCUUACAUUAGCACUGCCCGGUCCCCGCAGCAGGUCAUGGGCUCCCUGGUCAAGGACUUCUUCGCCCAGCAACAGCGUUUGACCCCUGACAAGAUCUACCACGUGACGGUGAUGCCCUGCUAUGACAAAAAGCUGGAAGCUUCCAGACCCGACUUUUUCAGCCAGGAACACCAGUCGCGCGAUGUGGAUUGUGUCAUCACAACAGGAGAAGUUUUGAAGCUGCUGGAAGAGGAAGGAGUCUCACUGUCAGACCUGGAGCCAGCUCCCCUGGACAGUCUGUACAGCAGCGUGUCCCCCCAGGAGCCCACCAGCCAUCGGGGUGGGGGCUCAGGGGGCUACCUGGAGCACGUGUUCCGGCAUGCGGCCCAGGAGCUCUUUGGAAUCCACGUGACUGAGGUCACCUACAGACCCCUGAGGAACAAGGACCUGCAGGAGGUGACUCUGGAGAGGGAGGGUCAGGUCCUGCUGCACUUUGCUGUGGCCUAUGGCUUCCGCAACAUCCAGAACCUGGUGCAGAAACUCAAGCGGGGGCGCUGCCCAUACCACUACGUGGAGGUCAUGGCCUGCCCCGCAGGCUGCUUGAAUGGCGGAGGCCAGCUCAAGGCUCCCGACAGGCCUGGCAAGGAGCUCCUGCAGCAGGUUGAGAGGCUGUACAGCAUGGUCAGGACAGAGGUGCCAGAGGAAGCGCCCGGGAUCCAGGAGCUGUAUGGGCACUGGCUGCAGGGUGAGGGCUCAGAGAGGGCCAGCCGCCUGCUGCACACAAGCUACCACGCAGUGGAGAAGGCUGGCUCUGGCCUUAGCAUCAGGUGGUAGGAGCCCUCCAGUGUCUGCCGGGCCCACCGCAGCCAGUACCAGGAUUCCCAGUAAGGCGUGUGGAGUCUCCAGCAGGGAAGUCACUCCAAGACCCCAGGCUUGCCCUGAAAAUGCUGGGUGAGCUGCGGGGACAUUGGAACCCACAUAGAAAUGGGAUUCAGGACCCACAGUCAGUAAAGUUGACCUCCAGCCUGCGCUCACCUGGACUCUGCACUGCAGGGGCCUGGAGGUUUCACCAACUUCUGGAACCUCUCUAUGGGCCUGGAGCCCAGAUCAGUGCUCUGGCUCCUGGCUGUGGUGGCCUGAGCUGUGAGGGUUUCAGCUAGUCCCAUAGGGAGCUUAAGGCAGAGCAAGAGGGGGGUUCCUCAUCCCUCACUUCCAGAGUCACUCCAAGUUGGGAUAUGGAGGGUGGUAACAGGCUGAACCUGCCCAGCUGGUUGAGCUCACAGCAGAGUGGGGGAACUCUGCCACACUGGGCAGCAGAGAACACUGGCUGGAGACAGGCACCUGGUCCAUGACACCCUACCUGGGCAUGGGUCCCCCUGACCCCCAUCUAGAACCAGGUGUUCUACAAGCUGUGGCCUCUGGGGCCUGAGAACCUGCAUUUUGGGGGCUGAGUCCUUGUGGGAGGCAGGCUCUGUUAGUGUCAGGCCUUAGUGGUCUUUCAGGCUGAGUCCUAUGUCCACAGCUGGAUCCCCACGUACAGGACAGGGGGUGGGCCAAUUGGGUUCAGCCAGCCAAGCUUGCCCCCAAGGAGCUCAUCUCUAGUAAAGGGAACUCUAUCUGAAAA